AUGGAUCAGGAUCCAGCAUGUCUGGUUUUGUCAGGGUAUGGGUUCGGAUCUCUUAUCUGGAUCCCGGUCCAGACUAGUUUUGUCAACCCGGAUAAUAUCAAGGCAACAGUGGAUGAGAAAUGUACAUUCAAUGGAACCCAAGAGAGCAAAUGCGACAAAUACUUCACUGAUCCUGAAGUUCUGGAGAAUAUUCCGAACAUGUUUCUCCUGCUCGGAGGUGUAUUCGGAGCUCUAGGUAUCAUCGCAACCAUCCUUAUCUCCGAACCCAACCAGAGUAAGGAGGACCAGGACGAGAUGUCAAGUAUUUAGGAUAAAACUUCCACU